AUGACAAUCCUGGAUCGCCCACGGCUCCCUGGGGGAUCCAGCGAUAAUCCGAGCAAAUUGCCGGUGGCCCUGGAUGGGACGGAGGUACUCCCUCAAAAAUAUAUCACGAUCGGGGGCAGGACGAGUCCACUUCUCGGCGCCCGUAGCUGGGUGCGCAAAAUGCGCUUCAACCUGAAGCGCAUAUUCGUCCUGUGCUUUGUCGUAUUUUGCACAACCCUGGUGAUCCUAUCCUUACCGAGGGAUCGAAGUGAAGGAUAUGUUGGAGCAGAUUUUGACAAAGACCCACAAUUCGCAAAUGCGGCCAAGCCGGAAGCGAGAUUGCCAUAUGACGACAAAAAGCGCGGCCCUCCAAGGGGACGAGUCUAUCCAAAGGGAGCUGGCGAACAGAUGACCUUCCAGAAGCAGCCGAACCCGCCAAGUCUGCUGAGAAAAGACUAUGGAGAUCCUUUCGAUUUCCAACCCCCUCAUGACCAAACAGUCUUGAAAAGGAUAUAUGAAGCGGUGAAAAGAGUCGACUUUGAUGGCAUGGCAAAACAGGAGUGUCCGACAAAUGUAACCUUAAAAGAAUUCUGGUUACAAUCCGAAGGCCGACACGUCACCGCCACCGAUUCUUGGGAGCGAUUCUAUUCUCAAAUCAGCAGUUGCGAAGUCUACCGAGACGACCAGGUCUUGGAAGGCCUUCUUCGUGACUUGAACAAAAUGCCGAUUCGUAAUGUUCAUAUAAUGGACGGCGGCACACAGGUCAAACUUGUCUUCACCUUCGAAAAUGGGAAACAGGCCGUCUUCAAGCCAAUGCGAUAUGGCCGUGAAUAUGAAUCUGAUGUCAACCAUUUCUAUUUUUCGGACUUUGAAAGACACCAUGCCGAAAUCGCCACUUUCCAUCUUGAUAAGAUCCUGGGCUACCGAAGGGCUGUCCCAACGGUUGGACGAAUUGUCAAUAUCACCAGCGAACUCUAUGACCAUGCUGAAAAGAAGCUAAAGAAAACAUUUUUCAUUUCACCAGCAAAAAACCGCUGCUUCGUCUCCCGCUGUGACUAUUAUUGCGAUACCACGCAUGCGAUUUGUGGUCUACCGGAUUUGAAGGAGGGUUCACUUCAAGUCUUCCUACCCGAUGAGGGCUCCGUCCCCCGCAAGCACAACAGAAGUCCUUACCGUCGCACGUACUCCAAGAAAAAUCAGUUAGCUGAAUGGCAAACCAAUAUGGACUACUGCGCCACACAAGUCAAGUCUAAGCCGGUGUACGCCCAUGGAAGGAAACUGGUUGAUCUAAUCGACCUUCAUAUUAUGGAUUAUUUGAUAGGCAACCAAGACCGGCAUCACUAUGAAUCAUUCAAUGUCUUCGGAAACAUCCCAUCAUAUGCAAUUCAUCUAGACAAUGGCAGAGCGUUCGGACGUACAGACUUUGACGACCAUGAUAUUCUGCUGCCGUUGAAGCAGUGCUGCCUGAUUCGGCCACGGACUCUUCAAACGUUGCUGAACUUCUACGCGACGCCGCAGUCGUUGACAAAAUCUCUGCACGAUUCGUUGUCACGAGAUCCGGCGCAUCCGAUUCUUGCGUUUAAGCAUUAUCCGGCAUUGGAGCGAAGGUUACACGAUGUAAUGAUGGCGAUUGAUGGAUGCCUAAAAAAAGUGCCUGCAUCGGCAAUGGUCGUUAACGACUACCAUAAUCACGAAGUCGAAGACACACAAGCCGAAGAAGACUCAAAAAGUGAAGACACCGAGCCAGCCGCCGAUCCAAAUCGACAGGAGGCCCAAUUGCCCCCCGCCCAACCGGCAAAU